AUGGGUAAUUGUAAUGUAAUUGAUAAAAAAGAAGAAUUUUAAGAAGCAAGUAUUUUUAAUCUUUUAAAAUAGUGUAAUCAAUAAGAAAUUACGAAAUCUUAGAUAUACUUGGCAAAGGUGGAUUUGGUAAGGUCUUCAAAGUAAAACGAAAAAAAAAUAAUCAACUUUAUGCUAUGAAAAUAUUAUCUAAAGCAAAGUAUUGUUUUAAAAUACUUUAGAAUAAUUGAAAAAAAGAGUAUAACAUCAGUAUUAAAUGAAAUGAGUUUAUUAAAAUAAUUGCAUCAUCCUUUUAUUGUGAAUAUGCAUUCAGCAUUUUAAGAUAGAGAGAAUUUAUAUUUAGUGCUUGAUCUCCUUUCUGGAGGUGAUUUGAGAUAUCAUCUUUGUAAAAACAAAAGGUUUUCUGAGGAAGAAUCAUGUAAAAUAUUUGACAAUACUUUAAGAGUUUUUUGCUGCUUGUAUAAUCAUAAGUUUAGAGUAUCUCCAUUAACAUGGUAUAAUCCAUCGAGAUCUUAAGCCAGAAAACUUGGUUUUUGAUGAAUAGGGUUAUCUUAGAUUAACAGAUAUGGGAAUUGCACGAGUUUGGAGACCAGAAAAUUCUUCAGAUACAAGUGGAACUCCAGGAUAUAUGGCACCUGAAGUUAUGUGCAAAUAAAAUCAUGGUAUUGCAGUUGAUUUUUUUGCUUUGGGAGUUAUUAUUUAUGAAUGUAUGCUUGGAAAAAGACCUUAUGUUGGGAAAUCUAGACAAGAGAUUAGAGAUUAAAUCCUAUCUAAACAAAUUUAGAUUAAAAGAUCAUAAUUACCUGUUGCUUGGUCAAUCGAAGCUGGUGAUUUUAUAAAUUAAGUAUAUUUUUAAUUGCACUUUUUAGCUUAUCUAAAGAAAACCUGAAAAUAGAUUAGGAUCAAAUAAUCCUUCAGAUGUUAAAAAACAUCCAUGGUUCAGUUCUUUUGAUUGGGAAUCAUUACUUAAAAAAAAAUAUGAUCCACCAUAUUAUCCUAAGAAAUUUAAGGGUUAUGAAGGAAUUACUGAGGAUACGAUAGAUGAUAAAAAUGAGAAAAAUUUCGUAUUGCUCCGAAAUAAAACUCUUUGUGGUAUUGUAAAUAAUAUAAAUAAGAAUAAUUCAACGAGUAUUGUUAUAAUCCAGAAGCUUGUAUUAAAAAAUGA